UCCUGGUUGUUGUUGUGGUCGACAGCGUGGAUCUCGGAUAUCGCGCCCAGGUCCAAUUCAAUUUUGGAGUAGAAAAUGAAGAAGUGUUCGUGUUGUGCAGGUCGACAGCGUGGAGCACGACUAUGGCGCCCAGGUGGUUGUGGUUCUGGUUGUUGUUGUGGUUGUUGUUGUUGUUGUUGCUGUUGUUGUUGCUGUUGUUGUUGUUGUUGUGCAAGUCGACAGCGUGGAUCAUGGCUAUGGUGCCAAGGUCAGGGACGCAGGUCGACAACGUGGAGCACGGCUAUGGCGCCCAGGUGGUUGUGGUUCUGGUUGUUGUUGUGCUUGUUGCUGUUGUCGUCAUUGUUGUGCAGGUCGACAGUGUGGAUCACGGCUAUGGCCCCCAGGUUGACAGCGUGGAGCACGGCUAUGGCGCCCAGGUGGUUAUGGUUCUGGUUGUCAUUGUUGUCGUUGUUGCUGUUGUUGUUGUUGUGCAGGUCGACAGCAUGGAGCACGGCUAUGGCGCGCAGGUGGUUGUUGUUGUGGUUGUUGCUGUUGUCGUUGUUGUUGUGCAGGUCGACAGCGGGGAUCAUGGCUAUGGCGCCGAGGUCGACAGCGUGGAGCACGGCUAUGGCGCCCACUUGGUUGCGGUUCUGGUUGCGGUUCUGGUUGUGGUUCUGGUUGUGGUUCUGGUAGUGGUUCUGGUAGUGGUUCUGGUUGUUGUUGUGGUUGUUGCUGUUGUUGUCUUUGUUGUGCAGGUCGACAGCGUGGAUCACGGCUAUGGCGCGCAGGUCGACAAUGUGGAGCACAGCUAUGGCGCCCCGGUGGUUGUGGUUGUGGUUCUGGUUGUUGUUGUGGUUGUUGUUGUUGUUGCUGUGGUUCUUGUGCAGGUCGACAGCAUGGAGGACGACUAUGGCGCCCAGGUCGACAGUGUGGAGCACGACUAUGGCGCCCAGGUCGACAGCGUGGAGCACGGCUAUGGCGCCCAGGUUGACAGCGUGGAUCACGGCUAUGGCGCCCAGGUCGACAGCGUGGAGCACGGCUAUGGCGCUGUGGCAUACUGCGUAGCCACACGGGCCCUGCAGGGCCCUGCCACGUCAGCAGUACCACGUCAGACACAGUGCCACGUCAGCAGUGCCACAUCAGCAGUGCCACGUAAGCAGCAGUGCCACGUCAGCAACAUGACGGGCCUGCCAGGCCAACUGGCCAAUGAGACCAUUGUCGCCUACAAGCAGCGUUGCCUAGCUCAGAUAGAGGUUGAGGAACAACGCCUGCUGGCAGUCGAGGCUGCCCGCGUACAGGCCGAAGAGGCAGCAGCAGCAGAGAAGCUGCGGCUACAGGCCGAAGCAGACGCAGAUACCCAGGCUCGCCGAAAGGAAGCCCAGGAUCUGCUGCUGCGGCACGAAGCCAACAGCAUCGACAAACUCAAGUACUGGCAUUCUAAACCAAACGGCGACGAGGCAACACCGGAAGAGAAGCACAAGGAGUUCCUCUCCAAACUCGUGACGCGGUUGUUGUAUGCUUGCAACUACCAAAGCGACCGCGACACUCGUUUGAUGUCGGCGUUUUGGACUGCUCUCAUGCAUCCUCAGUUCGGCACAACAAUGAAACCAAGUUCGGCUCGACAUCCUCAGACAGACGGGCAGACGGAGCGGGCACAUCAAACCGCUCAAAUGAUGCUUCGUACGCUCAUUCGUCCGGACCAGAAAGAUUGGGUUGACUGCCUCCCCGACAUCGAGUUCGCCUACAACACUUCAGUGCACCCGGCGAUUGGCGUGACUCCAUUCGAGUUGCACCACAGUGGACGGAAAGGCCGCAUCUUUGCCGACCCUCUCCUCCCUCGAGCAGCCGACAUUGACGCCGCUUGCUCCCCCGCUUCCGUUCGGAAGUACAGGGACUUGCUGACUCAAGCCCGCGCAAAUAUGCAAAAGGCUCAAGUUCGCAUGCAGCAGCAAGCCAACAGGCGUCGCGUACCAUGUCCCAUCCGCGCCGGUGAUCUGGUUUGGGUCUCUACGGAAGAGUUUGCACUGGAACAGGAUGUUUCACGCAAACUGCUUCCCAAGUGGUUUGGACCUUGGUCUGUGACAGCAGCCGCGGGCGAUGAGCCCGAUGACCCUUCAUUUGUGAUCAACAUUCCAGAGCAUCUGACGGUCCAUCCGGUGUUCCACGCCUCGAAGCUGGCAACAUACACGCCAGCCAAGAGCGACGACUUUCCGGGCCGACGAUCGCAGGACCCUCCUUCUAUAGAUGGCCAUCAGGAAGUUGACCGCGUCAUCACCGAUCGCAAGUACGGCAGCAAGCCGCGGCAGUACAAAGUCACAUUCAAAGCAUGCGAUCGCGACAACACUCGGUGGAUUUCAGGAGCAGAUUUGAAAGCAUCAGCACCGCUGAUCUACACUCACUAUGAACGUCAAAGGUUAGCCAAGGGACCUCCACGACCUGCCCCUCCCACCCGGACUGUCGACAGCGUGGAUCACGGCUAUGGCGCCCAGGUCGACAGCGUGGAGGACGGCUAUGGCGCCCAGGUGGUUGUGGUUCUGGUYGUUGUGGUUCUGGUUGUUGUGGUUCUGGUUGUUGUGGUUCUGGUUGUUGUUGUGGUUGUUGCUGUUGUCGUUGUUGUUGUGCAGGUCGACAGCGUGGAUCAUGGCUAUGGCACCCAGGUCGACAGCAUGGAGCACGGCUAUGGCGCCCACUUGGUUGUGUUUCUGGUUGUGGUUCUGGUUGUUGUUGUGGUUGUUGUUGUGGUUGUUGUUGUGGUUGUUGUUGUUGUUGUUGUUAUUGUGCAGGUCGACAACGUGGAUCACGGCUAUGGCACGCAGGUCGACAGUGUGGCGCACGGCUAUGGCGCCCCGGUGGUUGUGGUUGUGGUUCAAGUUGUUGUUGUGGUUGUUGCUGUUGUUGUUGUUGUUGUUGUUGUUGUUGUUGUUGUUGUUGUGCAGGUCGACAGCAUGGAGCACAGCAAUGGCGCCCAAGUAAGUACCGCUGACGCAGGCGACAGCGUGGAGCAUGGCUAUGGCGCCCAAGUGGUUGUGGUUCUAGUUGCUGUUAGGGUUGUUACUGUUGUUGUUGUUGUUGUGCAGGUCGACAGCGUGGAUCACGGCUAUGGCGCCCAGGUCGACAGCGUGCAGCAUGGCUAUGGCGCCGAGGUGGUUGUAGUUCUGGUUGUUGUUGUGGUUGUUGCUGUUGUCGUUGUUGUUGUGCAGGUCGACAGCGUGGAUCACGGCUAUGGCGCCCAGGUCGACAGCAUGGAGCACGGCUAUGGCGCCCACGUGGUUGUGGUUCUGGUUGUUGUUCUGGUUGUUCCUGUUGUUGUUGUUUUUGUGCAGGUCGACAGCAUGGAUCACGACUGUAGCGCCCAGGUCGAGCGCGUGGAUCACGGCUAUGGCGUUCAAGUAAGUGACGCAGAGAGCGUGGAUCACGGCUAUGGCGCCCAGGUCGACAGCAUGGAGCACGGCUAUGGCGCCCAGGUSGUUGUGGUUCUGGUUGUUGUUCAGGUUGUUCCUGUUGCUGUUGUUUUUGUGCAKGUCGACAGCAUGGAUCACGACUGUAGCGCCCAGGUCGACAGCAUGGAGCACGGCUAUGGCGCCCAGGUGGUUAUGGUUCURUUUGUUGUUGUGUUUGUUGCUGUUGUUAUUGUUGUUGUGCAGGUCGAGCGYGUGGAUCACGGCUAUGGCGCCCAGGUCGACAGCGUGGAUCACGGCUAUGGUGCCCAGGUCGACAGCGUGGAUCAGGGCUAUGGCGCCCAGGUCGACAACGUGGAUCACGGCUAUAGCGCCCAGGUUGACAGCGUGGAGCACGACUAUGGCGCCCAGGUGGUUGUGGUUCUGUUUGUUGUUGUGGUUGUUGCUGUUGUCGUUGUUGUUGUGCAGGUCGACAGCGUGAUCAAGGCUAUGGCGCCCAGGUCGACAGCGUGGAUCAAGGCUAUGGCGCCCUGGUAAGUGACGCAGGUCGAGCGUGUGGAUCACGACUAUGGCGCCCAGGUAA